CUAGUAUUUAGGACCCAGACAUGGGUUGGAGGGUCACAUGGCGCCUGAAUGGGUUAACAGAGAAAGACGCUGUUUGUUUUAUGAAAUGAAAUAGAGGGAGUUAUUGUGAGUUGCGAUAAGUUAAAUCGGAGCGAUCGCAUCAUUUCCGAAGAAAAAGGACGUUUACAAGUUUAAAAGGAGCUGAGCUGAGAGGCCCCCCAUCACAGAGGCACCAUGAGCUGGAGCUUCCUAACGCGUCUCCUGGAGGAGAUCUCCAACCACUCCACCUUCGUGGGGAAGAUGUGGCUGACCAUGCUCAUCGUCUUCCGCAUCGUGCUAACGGUGGUGGGCGGGGAGUCCAUCUACUAUGACGAGCAGAGCAAGUUCGUCUGCAACACGGGGCAGCCCGGGUGCGAGAACGUUUGCUACGACGCCUUUGCACCCCUCUCCCACGUCCGCUUCUGGAUCUUCCAGGUGAUCGCCAUCACCACGCCCACCAUCAUGUACCUGGGCUUCGCCAUGCACAAGAUCACCCGCAUGGAGGAUGCCGAGUACCGGCCCAAGGGGCGGCGGAGAAUGCCCAUCGUCAACCGCGGUGCCAACCGCGACUACGAGGAGGCGGAGGACAACGGCGAGGAGGACCCCAUGAUCUCGGAGGAGAUCGAGCCCGACAAGCGGGAGAAGGAGAAGCCGAGCGAGGCGCCGGGGAAGAAGCAUGACGGGCGGAGGCGCAUUCAGAAGGACGGGCUGAUGAAGGUGUACGUGCUGCAGCUGCUGUCGCGCACCGCCUUCGAGGUGGCCUUCCUCUUCGGACAGUACAUCCUGUACGGCUUCGAGGUGUCGCCCUCCUACGUGUGCACGCGCAACCCCUGCCCACACACGGUGGACUGCUUCGUCUCCCGGCCCACGGAGAAGACCAUCUUCCUGCUCAUCAUGUACGCGGUGAGCGCGCUCUGCCUGCUGCUGACCGUGCUGGAGAUCCUGCACCUGGGCGUCAGCGGGAUCCGCGACUCCUUCCGCAGCCGCUCCGCCCGGCACCGCGCCCUCACCGCGCCCCGCACGCCCGUCUGCCGGCAGGUGCCCUCCGCCCCACCCGGCUACCACGCCGCCCUGAAGAAGGACCCCGCAGGGAAGCUCCCCAAUGGCCUGAAGGCGGAGUUCCGGGACAACCUGGGCGACUCGGGCCGGGAGUCAUUCGCGGACGAGGCAUCGGCACGGGACCUGGACCGGCUGCGCAGGCACCUGAAGAUGGCGCAGCAGCACCUGGACCUGGCCUACCAGAACGAGGAGGGCAGCCCGUCCCGGAGCAGCAGCCCCGAGUCCAACGGCACCGCCGCCGAGCAGAACCGGCUCAACUUUGCGCAGGAGAAACAGGGCGGGACAUGCGAAAAAGGGAUGCGAGCCUGAAUCAUUUCUCACUGCGUCUGUGUCAGCCUUUCCAUCGACCAGCACGGCUCUGUGGAUGGCGUGCGCCUCUGGGGACAGCUGCAAAGAUGUCUGAGGGACUGAAGACGUGGGUGUGU